AUGUCGCUCGAUACCCCCACGUAUCUGGGCUCGCUGCAGGACAACAUCCGCCAGCGGCCAAUCCCCUGGGAUGGCGCUGUUCGAGCAGGCACCAUCACUGAGGACCACCUGGCCCGAAUCCGUGCCGUUGACAAGGCGAAGAAGCCCGAGGCGAGGAAGGAAAUCGUAGAAGGAGACCUCGAUGGCUACCGCUCCCUCUUUGUGGGCGAACCGGGGAAGCCCUCCGUGCUCGAGUCUGCGGGGAAGCAGGCCAAAAUCGUUCAGUACAUUCUCGUCCUCCUGGCCGACCUCUUGCCCAGUGUACCAUCGCUCUCCAAGGCCAUCUUCAAGAGCAGCGACCCCUACAAACACUUCCUACCCUUGCUCGCCCACUCCAACAACACCGAGGAUCCGAUCCCACUGCUCACCUCGACGGCUUUGACCAAGCUCAUGUCGCUCGCGGGAGACGAGUCGCAGGCAACCAAGAAUGCCAUCCCCGUACUUCUCUCAUACCUAUCUGGCCUCGCGAAGAGCUCCGAUGCUGGCCUCCAGGAUAUUGCCGUCCAGGAGUACUCCUCCAUCCUCUACGGGCAUGCCUCUAGACAGCAGUUCUGGAACCAAAGGAGUGAGACAAUUGCGCCUCUCAUUGAGAUUCUCAGAACAGCGGCCGGUAUUGGAAGCAAUGGCAGCUCAUCGGCAAGCAUAUGGAGUGGCACUGCGCCCACAAGAGCACCAGGCUUUGAGGGUUCGCUCGGCGGUGGUGUUGGUCUGCAGUUGCUGUACCAUGUGCUGCUGGUGAUUUGGCAAAUGAGCUUUGAGGCCGAACAAAUCGGCGACGAAUUGAACGACGAAUACGACAUUGUUCUGUUGUACACCCAGCUCCUACGUCUGUCCCCGAAAGAAAAGACGACUAGGUUGGUUGUUUCGACGCUCUUCAACCUACUCAGCAACAACCAGAAAUCUCUGCUCCCGACGGCGGUGCUUGCGCGGCUGCCCUCGCUCCUUGAGAACCUAAGCGGCCGCCACUUAACCGACCCUGACCUACUUGAGGACGCCCAGCAACUGAAGGAUCUCCUUGAGGAGUACACCAAGACAAAGACCACAUUUGACGAAUACGUUGCCGAGGUCGAGUCCGGCCACCUCCGCUGGUCACCGCCUCACAGAAGCCAGGUAUUCUGGGCCGAGAAUGCGCGCAAGAUCCUGGAGUACGAGAACGGAGCAAUCACCCGUAAGCUAGCCGAGAUCAUGAAGAAGCCGUGGGAGAACGACAAGGCCGUCUUGGCGAUUGCUUGCAACGACGUUGGGGCAUUGGUUAAGGAGGUGCCCGAAAAGCGAUAUCAGUUGGAGAAGCUCGGGCUGAAAACAAGAAUCAUGGAGCUAAUGGGAGAAGCCGACGAGAACGUCCGAUGGGAGAGUCUGAAGGCACUGGGUGGCUGGCUUAAGUACAGCUUUGAGAACUGA